AUGACUGCCUCGUCUGACCUCCCUCUGCUCUCACAAAGUCUGAUGGGACUCUUCUUUUCCUCCCAGUGUGAAAAAGCCCACUUCCCUCCCAAAGACACCAACCUCAGUGGCCAGACAGCCAUCAUCUCUGGAGCAAAUGUCGGCCUUGGCUUGCAAUGUGCCCGCAUGCUCCUUGAGUUGAAGCUAUCCCAUGUCAUCAUCGCCAGUCGGUCUCUCCAGAGGGGAGAAGCAGCCGCCGAGUCACUCCAAAAGGAACAUCCUUCCGCCUCCGUCGACGCCUGGCAGCUGGAUAUGGCCUCAUAUCAAUCUAUCCAAGACUUUGUAUCUCGCUGUGCUACCCUUUCCCGCAUCGACUUUGUCAUCUUCAACGCGGGUAUCACCAAGCAGAAUUUCGGCCUGGCUGCGACCGGCCAUGAGGAGGUCUUCCAGGUCAACUACCUGUCCACUGUUCUCUUGGCUACUCUCUUGCUUCCCAAUCUCAAGGAAAAGGCCCCGGAUGGUCGUCCUGGUCGGCUCACCAUCGUCAGCUCUGGCCUGUCAAUGCACACCAAGUUCCCGGAAUCCAAGGCAUCGCCCAUCAUCCCUGCAUUUGACGACAAGAACACUUUCGAUGGGGCUGAACGCUACAAUACUGCCAAAUUUCUCCUCCACCUCUGGAUUUACAAGCUCGUCGAGUAUGUGAGCCCCGACGAUGUUGUGGUCAACCUGGUGGACCCUGGGUUUUGCAAAGGCACGAAUCUCCAGAGGGACAUUCAUGGCGUUGCCAAGGCCUUCCUCUUGGGAAUGAAGUCCAUGGUAGGACGCCCGAUUGAUGCUGGGGCCUCGACCUAUAUCGAUGCUGCUGUCAUCAAGGGCAGCGAAACGCACGGCAGCUUCAUCAUGGACUGGAGGGUAUACCCAUAUGGCCAGUUUUUCUACACCCCCGAAAGUAAGACAGUUUCACAGAAGCUGUGGGAGGAGACCAUGACGGAGCUUGGUUUCGCAGGUGUACAGCAGAUUCUCGACCAAAUGAAGGUCAAGGCUUGA